CUCGAUCGUCUCCUCUCGCUUCUCGGCUUCCUGGUACGCAACAAGAAACGGAAAAAGAGCCAAAUCGGAAGGGGAACAAACCGAGGGGAGGGCGGUGGCGAUGGCGACUGAUGUGCCGGAGGGGUCGGUGCGGAACAUCUUAGAGCAGGAGACGCUGAAGUGGGUGUUCGUGGGUGGGAAGGGCGGCGUGGGGAAGACGACCUGCAGCUCCAUCCUCUCCAUCCUCCUCGCGCAGGUCCGCCAGUCCGUCCUCGUCAUCUCCACCGACCCCGCUCACAACCUCAGCGACGCCUUCCAGCAGCGCUUCACCAAGAUCCCCACCCUCGUCAAUGGCUUCUCCAACCUGUAUGCCAUGGAGGUCGAUCCGAAGGUGGAGGGCGACGAUUUGUCUGACGAGGGACUCGAUGGGUUCCUUUCGGAGCUAACGAAUGCGAUCCCUGGAGUCGAUGAGGCCAUGAGCUUCGCUGAAAUGCUAAAAUUAGUCCAAACAAUGGAUUACUCAGUUAUAGUGUUUGAUACUGCUCCAACUGGUCAUACUCUACGAUUGUUGCAAUUCCCAUCAACUUUAGAGAAGGGGCUGGAGAAAGUUAUGGCCUUGAAAAACAAAUUUGGUGGCAUUAUGAACCAGGCUACUCGUCUUUUCGGUCUUGGUGAUGAGUUCAGUACUGAUGCUAUGCUAGGAAAGCUGGAAGGUAUGAAGGAUGUGAUUGAGCAAGUAAACAGACAAUUUAAGGAUCCAGAUUUGACAACGUUUGUCUGCAUUUGCAUUCCAGAGUUUCUUUCUCUCUAUGAAACAGAGAGGUUGGUGCAAGAACUAACAAAAUUUGAGAUAGAUGCUCAUAAUAUCAUUAUUAAUCAAGUACUUUUUGAUGAUGAAGCUGUUGAAUCCAAAUUACUCAAAGCACGGAUAAAGAUGCAACAAAAAUACAUUGACCAGUUCUACAUGCUUUAUGACGAUUUCCAUAUCACCAAAUUGCCAUUACUGCCAGAGGAGGUUUGUGGAGUUCAAGCUCUUAGAAAGUUCUCUCAACACUAUGUUUCACCAUAUAAGCCGGAUCUCACCAGGGGCACUCUGGAGGAAGUGCAGCAGAGAAUAUCUAUUUUGAAAUUACAGCUUGAAGAAGCAAAGUUAGAGCUAGAGACACUGCAAAAGGGCAAACAAGAUGCCUGAUGGUGCUUCAAAGCGAGUGAGGCUUCAGAUGUUGGAAUUCUUUUUCCAAGAUCAAUAAAAAGGUCGAGAAAUCUUUCUCAAAUCCACUGCAAGCUAAUUCCUCCUUGUUAGACUCAGGUAAUUCCAUCAGAGCCAGCCGAGAAUUUUCUCCUCCUCAUUUUUCCUUUAGUGGAUUUCUCUAAUUUCAUCGCAGGUGCUUGUUGCCUCGAUGGCCUUCAAUUUUUUAUGAGAACCUUAAUUACAAUUAUCUGCAAAUGGUUUGAUGUGACCAUUGUGAUAUUUUGGUAAGUUCGUUUUCUGUUUGAACAUGGGGGUCUUCCCAGUUGUCAAUUGUUUUGGCAUCAUAUCUAUUACAUUAUAGUUUUCUUCUUUCAUGACA